UGUCGUUGAUCAGAUAUCAGAAGUGGAGGAGCAGACAUCUAAACCCUAUCAGCUUAAUCAGUGCCUUCCCACUCCCAGCCGCGACUUCCCUCACCCCGCUCACCAGUGAUUCCAUCCGCAGUCCGACAAUUGCAGCUCGAUAUACCCACAAAUCACCAUAGAUAUAGACAAGAUACACUAUCAAAGAUGGCAUCGUCAACAGAAACCGACCAGACGCCGUCAAUUGUGCUCCGCAAUCAGUCCGGUCACUCAACUGAUCUCACUAUCGGACUCCAUCCUUUAGCAAUCCUCAAUAUCUCGGAUUACUACACUCGCGCCCAUCUGUCAGGCAAAGAACUGCUAGGUGGACUGAUAGGAAAGCAAACAGGCCGCGACGUGUCAAUAGAGCAAUCAUUCGAGUUCAGCGUCACCGAUGGCAACAUCAACGAGGAACUAGUCGUCACCAAACUGGAGCAGUUCAAGACAUGUUUCGAGACCUUGGAUUUCGUGGGCUGGUUCUAUAUCCCGCUGCAGCCCCCGUACGAGCCGUCGGAAGCAAUCCUCUCGGUGCACCAAUACCUCGCAAAGUUCCACAACGAUACGCCUCCUCUUCUUUUAAUUCUGGACCCGAGAAUCGAUUCAAUGACGACAAGUCAGAAACUACCAAUUACAAUCUAUGAGACUUUGUUUACUGAGGAAGGCAAGCCGGUUUUUGCUGAAGUGCAGCACAGAAUCGAGAGCUUCGAGGCCGAGCACGUCGGCGUUCUUUACGUUGCCAAACAGGAUCAAGUAGUGCAGCCUUCGCACGACGCUAUCGUAUCUGGCGGUAGUCAACUAGCCGAGUCCUCUACCAGCGCGCAAAAGGACGUGUCUGAAGAUCUGCUACAUAACAAUGACGCCGAGGAGAUUGUGUCGCAGAUCAACAGUCAAGCGAAUGCUGUAAAGAUGCUCGCUGCUCGGGUGGACAUCAUCCGUCGGUAUCUCGAGUACAUCAUGACGAUUCCCGAGAGCGCGUUCACAGCUGCGGACUUUGAGAUUCUGCGCGAGAUAAAUGCGUUGGUUGGGCAGCUGAGCACGGAAAAUAUCACAGCUAUUGCACAGGGACAGCAGUUUGAUGGAUUACUGGCGGCAUUGCUGGGGCUGGUCACGAAAGGCGUGAAGCAUGGCGUUGAUUUGAAUGCAAAGAGGAACACGCUAGAUGUUCAGCUACGUGGGCGGAUGGAUAAGAUACCGUCAUUGCUGAGACCGUAGGUAGAUUUCCUAUUAUUACAUAUCAUACAUAUUAUA